ACCAGCUGAUCGUAGUACGUUGAUAGACUCGCGAAGAGAGCGGACGCAUCGAUAUAAGGUUAAAGCAAGUGUUUAAACAAAGCCAUUGUGUUCUUAUCUUUGGAUAUCUUAGUUAUUAUGACAUAUACAGAAAAUAUUCUGAAAAUGGAUGAAAGUAAAACAAAACCGCCGUCUACUAUAGGUAAAGCCGUGAAACAUGUACUGGUUCAAGCCAUGGAGCAGGACAGAGUGAACUAUGGUGUCUUUGAAUGUGUUGAUAUUCUAGAAAGAGAUACAGAGCGGGUUCUAGUUGUGAUACUUCCAGACACCAAGGUCAAGGACGCAGCUCUACGAAUACAACACACUCUCAUUGAGGCGUUCUGUCGGGAAAAUGAGGUCAAAGUUCUGAAGGUUGAUUGCGCUACAAAAAUUUCAACAAUAUUUACAUCAACUGCCACUAAAGAACAAAAAGAGAGAUCUUUUUCUACAGACUUUAGCUGCAUUCUGGUCAAGAAUCCUGAAAUAUUCAGUAAAGAUGAUGAAUUUGUCAGUGACUAUUGUGAAAACUUCAUUCUGGGAGGGCUGGUACCUCAUGGUUGUGUUGAAAUACCUGCCUGAAUCCAUUUCAUACUGCUUUGUGAGCAGGGAUACAGCUUUUCAGUGGGCUACAUUAAAACCCAUUCAGCACAGACAGCGUUAUUGGUCGUGAUGACAGAGACAAGGCAAGACUUGACAUAGAUGGGCGAACAAUUUUACUAUUUUAGACAGUAACACAAUUAUGAUGGAGGAAAAUUGAACAUACACAGAACCAGACUGACACUGGACAGAAGGAAAGGCGAUGUUCUGAUAGAGAUAUCUAUAUUGACUACUUGAAUAUCAACAAAACAGUUCGACAGAAGCUGGGAACGAUUUCCGCCAUAAAUUGUCUGGCUACAGAAUGUCACUAUCUGUAAAUGUUCCGGAUUAAAUGUCUGAGUGGGACGGAAUUAAAUAUAAAGGAAGAGAUAUGUUUUGUCCGUGACAUUUACACCGACGUAGUGGGAGGGAUCGAUAUGGCAGCCUAAACUCAGAAAGGACCCACGACUUUAACUAAAUGAAAUAAAUAAUAGCAUUCAGAACUAAUCAGUUUUGACAUUUUGAACUUGAACAUUCUCUGAAAAUUGUUGUAUUAUUUGUCCUUUUAUAUAUGAUAUUUUAUCAUUUGUAUAGUUAAUUACAUGAUACUGUUCAUACAACAUGUAGUACAUUAUAUCAUUUUAUAUACCAUUAUAACAGAAAACAUGUUUGUGAUAUUUAGAUAUGUUGAAAUGUAAUCAUGUAAUUGAAUCAAUUUAUGUACAUACAGGAUCGUGAAAAUAAAACUAUUUUAGGAAGACAAA